AUGUCGGAACUUCGUAGAUCUAUCGAAGCAUUACUCAGCCAGGUCGAUGGUGACAGCGACGAGCGAGAAUUCAUCCCUCGACAAGCCCUCUUUGAGCUUUUGACUCCGGAAAACGUUCGGAAAGAGAUCGAUAAUGUACCCGCAAUCUCAUUUUAUCAUAAAGAUAAGGUUGUGGACUGGGUCGUGACCAAGGGACGGAAAGUUUUCGCGAUUCUUGUUCUACUGAAGAAUGAGCAACGAUGGCUCCUAAGUUUUAUUGAACACGACCAGUUCGCACAAAUGGACGAAAGGCUGCCGUUUCCAUUGACAUUUCUUCAAUCAACCGUUCCCGAUAUUGCCAAGGAAUUCUAUAAUCGUCAAUGGGAAUUUGUAUCCCCGGUGCUGUCAAGAAACGUGAUGCACCGAUCCUUCCCCUCUAGAAUCCGACUACCAUUUAUCAAGAACAAAUUGUUCGACAAAGGAGGCUUUGGAGAUGUCUAUGAAAUCGAGCUUCACCCAGAUCAUCAGACAAAGUUCAAAGUACAACACGCCCAUUCGGAGACCACUGAAGAGAGAGCACCCGGCGAAUGGGAUGACUACAACAAAGAGUUACGCAACCUCUCCAUCCUGAAUGAACUCGGCCACCCAAACGUUAUCGAGCUGUUAGCAUCCUAUACUCAUGGAGAUAAGCACAACUUGAUAUUUCCUUUUGCAGAGGAUGGGAACCUCCACUCGUUCUUGUUGGCAGAUCGCCCGACCUCUUUCGCAUCGGACGAGGCUUUCCUUGACGCCUUUUGUGGGCUUGCCUCCGCGAUUGAACGGGUACACUACUACGCCCUGGAGAAGCUCCAAAUUGAAAUGAUUGGCUGUCAUCACGAUCUCAAGCCCAAAAAUAUUCUUGUUCAGGGAAAAUCGUUCCUCCUUUCCGAUUUUGGACUUUCGAAACUCAAGGAGGCUACAGACGAUUCAAAGUCACCUUAUGAGCACGGGGCCGGUGAUUACCUUGCUCCAGAAUGCGAAACACAUACGGUCAGCAGGCCAAGCGAUAUAUGGUCCUUUGGCUGCAUCAUUCUCGAGAUUUUGACUUACAUACAAGGCAACAGCAAAGCAGUCAAAGAUUUUAGGGACGCGCGAAAGGAAAAACUGGGCAACCAGGUGAGACGAGCAUUUCAUGCUGGAAUCGACAAACCGAAAGCUAUCGUACUGGACAGUCUCACAAAACUGGCCGAAUUUGACAGCACAAGUCAAAUACUUGUCGAACUGACGAAAUCCAUGCUCGACAUGGAUCCAAAGGCCAGACCAGAUGCCAAGCACGUAGCAUCCAGACUUCGAUUCAUUUUCGUCCAAAGACUUAUUUCGUCAAUUCACGAGCGCUACCAGAAACUGUCUGCAAAAUUCCCCAAUUCAUUCGAAGCACAUGUCGAGGCGAGAAGACAGCGGAGUUGGACUGCCAGUUUCGAAUCCAUGGUGGACGAGAACGAUUGCUGGAGCUAUCAAUUAGAUCAAGAAGCGAAUCUCUCGGCCAUUAUCAGAGAAUUAGUAGCUGCUCGGGAUGAGCUAGCUUCAAUUCUAACUCGUUCGGAGAACGCCUUGUCACCGCUCUAUGCUGACCUGAGCCUCGCCAACGACCGACUCCUGAAUACCCUUCCUGUGGACUUGCAAAUGCUUGCCAAAUCGCAAUGGGAACUCUCUAUGCUCGAAUCCGACGACACAAAUGAGUUGGAACGCACUCAGAGGAGUCUCGAGGACGCACAUUUUGAAGGCAAUAUGAGCAUCAUGGCGAAACUCAAACGCAUGUCAAUAUUAGCAGCGGAAUCCGUAGGGACGAGCACCUCGAACCUUGCACUAGAUGCCAAGUUUGUCAGCCGCGCGGAAAAAUUCGGCGAUCAUACCGUCGCUACUGUCCGCUCAGAAGGAGGCGUUGAGAAGCGUGUUCUCAUUGAAUGGGUCCGCUAUCCCAAAUGGGAGACGAAGAGCAUAACCAUUCUUUCGGAUCGAAUUGAAGCGCUAGCGUCUGCUCUUAGCUCUUCGGCACAUCCACAGGAAUUUCGUACGCUGUCUUGCUCUGGCUUCAUUCACGACAUCUCCAAACCAGCCUAUGGCCUGGUGUAUGAUAUGCCAGUGUAUGCGGGCGUGAUCCCCCAAAAUCUUGCGAAAGUUAUCAACGACACGGCUCAGACAACCCCAAGACCCACACUUGAGUCUCGCUUCGACCUCGCGUACACUCUUGCACUCGCUCUAUCUAGCUUCCACAAGAUCGGCUGGCUUCACAAAAGCAUUUCCGCCUACAAUGUCCUGUGCUUCAAUUCCCACGACUCCAGUCCAUCAAGGUGGCUUGAGUCCCCUUUCCUCGUAGGGUUCAACCACAGUCGCCAGAAGGAUCCGUUAGCAUUCACUGUCGGCCCAACGACUAAUAUUACUGCGAAGAAAUACCACCACCCUCAGUACCUCAAUACAGAUGGCCCGCAAGCCAAAUAUCGACUCGAGUUCGACCAUUACAGUCUCGGCCUUGUGUUGCUAGAGAUUGGGCUAUGGAAGACGCUUGAGAGGCUGACGAACGGCAUGAAGGUGACGACACAUGAAGACAGGCUGGACCAGAUUUGCGAGUCCCGGGUUCGGCUGCUGGGGCACCAAAUGGGAACAGCGUACCAAGAUGCAGUGUUGGCAUGCCUGAGAGGCGUCAGUGAGAGCGAAUUGGGAAAGGAUAUGGAUGAUGAGGGAGGCGAAGCUGAGCGAAAUACAACGCUCCAGCUCGCCUUUGUGAAACGGGUCCUGGAGCCUCUUCGAAUAAUGAUCUCGCGUGUGUGA